AACAUUGAUAAGACGUGAUUUCAUCGAAAUCCUCAUUUUUCGUCAUGUAAAGGACCCAAAAAAAUCAUCUUCGCGUCAAUUUUUCGUCGAUAAAGCAGAGAAAAAUGCAAAUCAACGCGGCACGAUGCUCGUCAAAACACAUCUUGCCGGCUCGUCUCAUCCGGGAGCAAUUCCUGAACUUUUUUGUGAAGGAGAAAAAUCAUUCUUUCGUGCGAUCGAGUCCUGUAGUGCCAUUCUGUGAUAAAUCUCUCGCCUUUGUGAAUGCCGGAAUGAAUCAAUUCAAAAACGUGUUUUUGGAUCGACAACAACCUCCGUAUCCUCGCGUUGCCAAUACCCAAAAGUGCGUUCGUGUCGGCGGGAAACAUAAUGACUUAGAAAUCAUUGGAAGCGACGGAUAUCAUCACACGUUCUUCGAAAUGCUCGGAAAUUGGUCGUUUAACGAUUAUUUCAAGAAGGAAGCUUGCACAAUGGCUUUAGAAUUGUUGACGGGUCCUUAUAAAAUCAACCCGAAUCGACUUUAUGUGACUUAUUUCAAGGGCGAUGCCGAAUUGGGACUCGAACCUGACUUGGAAACUUUUGAAAUUUGGCGCAGUUUGGGUUUCGCGAAGGAACGCAUCUUGCCAUUCGAUAAAAAAGACAAUUUUUGGGAGAUGGGCGAUGUUGGACCAUGCGGGCCUUGCACUGAAAUCCAUUUUGAUCAUCUCGGCACGUCAUUAAGAGCGGAUUUUGUCAACUCUGGCCUUGCUGAUUUGACUGAAUUAUGGAAUUUGGUGUUUAUUCAGUACAACAGAAACAGCGAUGGGAGCAUUUCGUCGUUGCCGCACAAAAAUAUCGACACAGGAAUGGGUUUUGAGCGUCUCGUUGCCGUUUUGCAGGAGAAAUCGAGCAAUUAUGACACGGAUUUGUUCCUUCCCUUAUUCGAUGGGAUCCAAAAAGCAUGUCCUCGAGCAUCGCCAUAUGCGGGUACUUUCACAAAUGACCUUGACAAAGAUUACAGAAUCCUCGCAGAUCACGGAAGGAUGGUGACAGCAUGCAUCGCAGACGGGAUGUUCCCCGAUAAUAACUACAAAUUACGUCGAGUGUUGCGAAAAAUGAUCCUUGUUGGCGAAAAAAGCUUCGGAAAUGAUCGUUUAGUGUUCGAAAUAAUCCCUCGAGUGGUCGAAAGUUUAGGAGAAACCUUCCCCGAGAUGCAAAAUUUCAAUCAAAUUCUCAAAGUAGUCGAUCACGAAUUCGAAAUUUACAAAAAUUUGAGGAAAGAUGUGAGUAAAGGCAUUAAAACUGUACCUCUGAAGAUGGUUGAUCUCAUUGAGAAUGACUUAUUGGACUACCCGGGCAUCAUUUUUGCCUAUAAAAAUCUCAUGUUGGAGCGGGAAAAGUGGAAAAGGGACGAAAAAUCACAAAAACUCAUCGUUCCUAACGAAUAUGCCUUUAAAUUAUGCGACACUUACGGUUUGGAUGUUGACGCUAUCGGUCGUUUAUGUGAAAUGGAGCAACUUUUAUGGAAUCGCGCUGAAUUUCGAUCGACUUCGAAGCGAUUAAAUGCGAAAUUAAAAAAAUUCGGAGGAAAUGUCGAACAAAAAAUACUUGAAAAGGAAAAAAUUGAAGAAAUUUCAUCAAAAUUUAAUAUUCGAAGGACCAACGACAUUUAUAAAUAUAACUCGCAAUGGGAUGAGGCAAAGAAAAAGUACGUGACACAACGAAUAACAGCAAAAAUCAUCGCCGCUGUGACAAAAGACAAUAAAAUUUGGCAAUUAGUGACUGACAAAUCCAAUUUUUAUCACGAAUCCGGGGGACAAGUGUCUGACAAAGGACUUUUUCUGCAAGAAAAUGUAAAGUUUUCCGUGAAAAAUGUCUUUUUCGAGAACGGAUUUGUUAUUCACGAAGGAAGUUUCGACACAGAAGGCAGUUUUUCCGUCGGAUCUGACGUUGAAAUGAUCGUAAAUGAUGAUUUUCGUACCGGAACGACGUCCCAUCACACAGCUACUCAUUUACUUAAUGGCAUUGCACGUGCUGAAUUUGCUCUUCCAUGUUGCCAAAAGUCGUCGCUCGUGCUUUCGGACCAACUCAAACUUGAAUUAUCCAUUUAUGGCCCUCGAUUGACACGAGAACAAUAUCAAAGGCUCGAAAAUGGCGUUCGUGAUGCGAUAAAAAGCGGAUUUGCGGUCCGAAUUGACGUAAUUGACGAACAAAAGUUACUUUCGAUGUCGGAUGUUGUCACAGUGCCGGGCGAAAUUUAUCCAGAUACGGGUUUGAGACUCGUGCAAGUCGGAAAUUCCGUUUCGAAAGAACUUUGUUGCGGGACUCAUGCACAAAAUACCGCGCAUUUGGGGGAUUUUUGUUUGACGAAUGUCAAAUUAACGGGAAGGGCGAGUUAUAUUUUCACCGCAGUCGUUGGAGAUGCCGCCAAAGAAGCGCAUCGAUUGGGAGAAGAACUUUUGGCGCAAGCAAAGGACAUUCAACGAACCAUGAACAAGGAUAACGUUUCGAUGAUCGAACGUGACAUCAUGGAUUUGCAAGAAACGCUGAGGGCGUCGGAAGAAGCGAAACAAUUUGUGCCGUAUUGCGUGAAAAACGAGAUUUUGUCGAUUUUAGGCGAAGUAGAGGCGAAAUGUCGUGCCGUGAGUAAGGAGCAACUUCGAGAAUUUGUCGAAAUUGAGAUGAAAAGUUUGCUUGAGGCGAAACCGAAGGAAGAACAUCCGUUUUUGGUGCAUUAUUUGGCAAGUGCGUUGCUUAUGGAGUCCGUUCCGUUGCACAGAGUGACGAAAUAUGUCACAGAUCGACCCAUUAUUGUUAUUUCUUAUACGGGAACGACUGUUAAAGCGCGUUGUUGUGUGCCAGAGGAGUUUCAAAGCACGGAUUUCAAUGCAGAAAAAUGGUUAUUACAAGUUGCUCAUGUCUUUGAAUCCCAAAUCGAGACAACAAAAGGCUCAAAAAUCGUUUGUAACAUGAAAGACAAACGCAUCAACGUCAACUUGUUCGCUUAUAAACUCGAAAAAGCACUCGGCAACGCAAACGCCUUCGCAGAAUUUUACUUUUUGAAAAAAUCUUAG